GUAGGAGCUCGCGGCCGUCGGCGGCGGGAGCAUGGCGCAGGAGCGCGCGGCCGCGGCGAGCGCGGGGCCCCUGGAGGAGGUGAGCGGCUGGCCGGAGGAGACGUGCCGGCGGGAGCUGCCGUCCGUCCUGCCGCGGCUGCUCUCCAUGUAUCAACAUUCUGAGAGUUGGACUGAGCAUAUCCAAAUUUUGAAAGUUAUUAUAGAGAUGUUUUUACCUCAUAUGAACCACCUAACACUGGAACAAGCUUUCUUUUCACAAGUGUUACCAAAGACUGUAAAGUUAUUUGAUGACAUGAUAUAUGAAUUAACCAGUCAAGCUGGAGGUCUGUCAAGCCAAAAUUUAGAAAUCCAGACCACUCUGAGGAAUAUUUUACAAACAAUGGUACAGGUCUUGGAAGUUCUUACAGGAUGUGUUCAGCAUGUCUGCACCACCCAGGACUCAGUCGUUCUGGAGAAAAUUCAUAGUCUCCCUUCUUCUGUCCUUCAUGUAAUCAGAAGUACAUUUGUACAUUGUAAGAACAGUGAAUCUGUGUAUUCUGGACGUUUGCACCUAGUCUCGGACCUUCUCCAGGCUCUUUUCAAGGAGGCUUACUCUCUUCAAAAGCAGCUGAUGGAAUUGCUGGACGCAGUUUUCCUGGACCCAUCAGUAGAUUCAAAUGAUGAUAUUUUGGAUAUGGUAAUAGUUAUCCAUUCAUUGUUGGACAUCUGCUCUGUUAUUUCCAGUAUGGAUCAAGCAUUUCAUGCCAAUACGUGGAAGUUUAUAAUUAAGCAGAGCCUUAAGCACCAGUCACUUGUAAAGAACCAAUUGAAACACAAAGAUAUAAUUUCUAGUUUAUGUGAAGACAUUCUGUUUUCCUUCCAUUCUUGUUUACAGUUGGCUGAACAGAUGGCACAGUCAGAAUCACAGGAUAAUGCUGACUACAGAUUAUUUCAGAAAACACUCAAAUUAUGUCGUUUCUUUGCCAACUCCCUGUUGCACUAUACUAAGGAAUUCCAUCCUUUCCUCUCUGAUUCUUGCUCUGUAUUGCACCGGCUAUAUCUUCAAAUAUACAGCAAGCUUCCUCCCAGUCUGUAUGCUGCCAGGAUUUCCAAAGCACAGCAGGAGGAGGUCGCAUGUGCUUUCCUUGUGACACUGGACCUUCUCAUCAGCCAGCUUCUCCCACUCCAGUCUUUCAUGCAGGCAGUUUUGGAUAGUAAAUUAGACCUGCCUUGUGAGCUUCAGUUCCCACAAUGCCUGCUCCUGGUGGUUGUCAUGGACAAGCUGCCCUCUCAGCCUGAGCAUGUGCAGACCCUGUGGUGUACAGAAAACCAAGUUUCUGAAGGCGCUGCCAGGAUUUCUCUAUUCAGAGCCGUUUUCUACAGUUUUGAGCAGUGUUCUGGCGAACUCUCUCUGCCUGUUUAUUUACAGGGAAUAGAGAGUAAAGGGCGAGCUGAGGCUGCCAGCACCUUGUACCAGCAUGUUUGUGUUCGUUUGUGUACGUUUAUCACUUCCUUUCAUCCUUCGCUCUUUGCUGAGCUGGACACUGCGCUUCUGAAUGCUGUGCUGGGUGUGAACAUGAUCACCUCUUUGUUAGCAAUGGAUGUGUGGUGCUUCGUGGCUCGAUUCUCAGAUGCCUUCUUCGUACAUUGCAGAUAUGGGACUGCUGAGCUCUGUGCACAUCAUGUCACGCUGGUUGCUCAUCUGAUAAAAUCUUCCCCCGGAGAAUGUCAGCAGCUCGCCCACCUGUCCAUUCUGUUGAAACGACUCUUCUUCCUCAUGGCUCCACCCCAUCAGGUGGAGUUUAUCAAGAAAUUUUCUCCGAAAGAAGCAGAAAAUUUGCCUCUAUGGCAAUGUAUCUCCUUGCAGGCUUUAUGCGGCGAGCUCCGGAAGCAAGCUGCGCAUGCGAUCACCAGAGUGGGCACUGCGCAGUGUAGGAGGUGGCUGAGCUCCAGCCCAACUCGGGGAGAGCUCCAGCCUCUAAACACAGCCCUCUCUGCUUUACUUGCUGUGUGUAAUUCUGCUGCUGAAGCUUUAGACGUUGCACAGCAGACUGCAAUUAUUGAAGUUGGGAAUCAGCUUUGGGCUUUUUUAAAUGUUAAGCAGGUAACCAGUCAGCCCUAUGUUCAACAGACAUUGAGCCUUUUACUGCCAAUUUUAGGAUUUUUUGUUCAAACUGUAGAUCCUCAGCUGAUCAGUCAGGUAGUCAGUUUGCAGACCUCACUACUUAAAUUGGAGCCUGCUGACCAUGUCCGCUUUGCAGUGCUGGAUUUUGUCUCUUCGUUAGGAAAGCUGUUUAUACCUCAGGUUAUACAGGACAAAAUUCUGCCCAACCUGUCUUGUAUCUUUGCCUUACUGCUAGCUGAUAGGAAUUGGCUACUAGAGCAACAUACUUUGGAGGCAUUUACUCAGUUUGCUGAGGGAACCCAUCAUGAAGAAAUAGUUCCACAGUGUGUCAGUUCUGAAGAAAUUAAGAACAAAGUAGUAACCUUUCUGGAGAAGUCUGGGUGUGUAGAUGAAGCUGAAGCUGCCAAAGUGGAGCGUGUGAAACAGGAAAGAGCUGUUCUCUGGGUGCCCUUUGCUGAAGCGACUGAAGCAGCGACGGAGCGGUCAUCUUUACAGCCUUCUGCAAAAAGAGCACGUCAUGACCUCCCACUGGAAGAAGAGUAUAGGUCAGCACUGCAAGCAGCAACGCGGGCCUUGGAAGCAACAGAGGCCUUAAUUCAAAAGACUCCUGCUCCAGCCUGGCUUCUAAUGGAAAUGGAAACACUGCAACAAAGGAUUGAGAGGUUAAAACGUCAGAUACUCUAAUGUCACCCACCAGAGCUGGGUAAUAUGACUGUACAUUUUCUAGUAUAGUGUAUAUAAAAAGAGCUUUUGUAAACGUGGA